UCUCGAAAACACCAAAAGAACCAAACACAACUGUGGGCGGAGUGUGACGUAAAAUUCCUGCGCCACCCGAGAGCCUGCUUCACUUGAAUGAGGCGUUAGGAGCGUCUGUUUAUGAAGAUGCCUCUCCCUCCAGCUCUCCUGGCUCGCCUGGCAAAGCGAGGAAUCGUGAAACACUCAGACCAUGAACCCGAAGAGGAAAUCAUUGCUGAGGAUUAUGAUGACAACAACGUGAACUAUGAAGCCACAAGGCUUGAAAAUCUCCCCAUGAACUGGUACAAAGUGUUUGACCCAAACUGUGGACUUCCGUACUACUGGAACGUGGAGACUGACCUGGUGUCCUGGUUGUCUCCCAAUGACCCUUCUGCAGUCAUCACCAAACCAGUGAAGAAGCUGAGAGUCGAGAUCACAGAAGACAGAGGGGAUGCUCAUCAGGAGAAGCCCGACAGAGAGCGCGAUCGCGACAAGGAACGGGACCGAGAGCGAGACAGAGAUCGGGACAGAGAUCGUGAUCGUGACCGAGAUGACGGGAGAGAGCGAGACAGAGAGCGCGACAGGGAUAGGGACAGAGACCGGGACAGGAGAAUGAGGAGAGAGGACAGCGGCCCGUACAACAAAUCUAAGAGAGGUGGAAACAGGAAUAAGGAGGAGUUGGAUCCUAUGGAUCCCAGUGCCUACUCAGAUGCACCGAGGGGCUUGUGGUCCACCGGGCUUCCCAAGCGUAACGAGGCUAAGACGGGAGCGGACACCACGGCAGCAGGACCCCUGUUCCAACAGAGGCCGUACCCCAGUCCUGGAGCCGUGCUUAGAGCCAACGCCGAGCACACCAGACGUCUCGAAGAGGAUGACGACGACGACGACUAAGCAGAAGGAAAACCUCCUUUAUAACAAGCCGGAGGAUAAACAAAUAUGAACAGCCUUUAAACAAUGCAUGCAGCCAAGCUUUCUGGACUGAGACAUGCACGCUAAAGUUUAUGCUUUUUGUAACAGUCGUGUCAUUUUGCUGAAAUUUGCCCACAAUUUUACAGAAGAAUUUGUCAGGUUCUUUUCACACGUAGUCUAUAAAAAGCUGUAUACCAGCUACGAGGCUUUUAGUAGCGACUCUUCACGUCUGUUCAGGGUGUUCUUAAAUCUGUAACCUUCUAUUAGACAUUUUGUAAUAGGACAGUAAGCACAAUUCCUCUUUUACCUGUUGAAUGAUUUUGAAGCUUUCGGUGUUAAAAGGAAAUUGACAAUAUCCUGCCUCGUCCAGUCGUGUAAUUUGUAAUAAAAAGUGAUGCUGGGGUUUA